GUGAGGAAGAUAGACUUAUCUCAACUCAUAAACAGUGUAGACAAAACCUCUGAGUAUAGCCAUGGUAGCCUUGAGCUGCCAAUUCCACCACCCCAUUAAUGUCGUUUUAAAAAACUAUCGACGCAUCAAGUCAAAACCGGCCACCAUCUUUUGCUCAGCACAACCCUCUCAAAGCAAUAUCAAGGUCAUUAUAAAUGGAGCAGCUAAGGAAAUAGGAAGGGCUGCAGUAAUUGCAGUGACCAAAGCCAGAGGAAUGGAAGUGGCUGGUGCUGUGGAUUCUUAUCAAGUAGGGGAAGACAUUGGCAAGGUGUGUGACAUGGAAGACCCUCUUGAAAUACCCAUAAUGAAUGAUCUCACCAUGGUCUUAGGUUCCAUUUCUCAGUCAAAAUCUACAGGAGUAGUUGUUGAUUUGACUGAACCUUCCAAAGUUUAUGACAAUGUGAAGCAGGCAAUAGCAUUUGGCAUGAACAGUGUGGUUUACGUGCCAAGAAUCAAACUAGAAACGGUAACUGCAUUGUCAGCUUUCUGUGACAAAGCCAGCAUGGGCUGUCUUGUUGCGCCGACUCUUUCCAUUGGAUCAAUACUCCUUCAACAAGCUGCAAUUUCAGCUUCCUUCCAUUACAAGAAUGUAGAAAUUGUGGAAUCAAGGGAAAGACCAACGGAUCUUCCAUCUGCAGAUGCGUCCCAAAUUGCCAACAAUCUGUCCAAUCUAGGGCAGAUUUACAAUAGAGAAGAUAUUUCAACAGACGUUUUGGCAAGGGGCCAAGUUCUUGGUGAAGAUGGGGUUCGUGUGCAUAGUUUAGUCCUUCCGGGGCUUCCCGCCAGCACAACUGUCUACUUUUCCGGCCCGGGAGAGGUUUACUCCCUCAAACACGAUAUCACCGACGUGCAAUGUCUGAUGCCAGGACUCAUCUUAGCUAUUAGAAGAGUUGUGCGUCUCAAGAACCUGGUGUAUGGAUUGGAGAAAUUUUUGUAGAACUCCCAGUGCAUUUGCUCAGAUCACACUCCUUCAUGUGGAACUGUAC